UAUAUUCAUAUUCAUGUUAUAUACCGCUCCAAUUCGUCUUCUCUGAAAAACUACUGAGCACUUGAGUUCCAGACCAAGAAAGAUCACAAAUCCGACAUUUUCUGAGGUACCUUUUCGUUUGCGUCCUUUUUGAGAAAAGAGAGAAAGGAAAAGAAAACUACCAUGUGUGGAGGAGCUAUCAUCUCCGGCUUCAUCCCGCCGAGCCGGUCGAGGCGGGUCGCGGCUGACAACCCCUGGCCUGAUCUUAAUAAAUGGGCUCCAGGGAAGUGUUUCUCGAAGCCUCUCUUCGACGAUGACAACGACGAUUUCGAGGCUGAUUUUCAGGGUUUCAAGGACAACGUGUCUGAAGCCGAUGACGAGGAGGAGGUCGUCGACGUCGAUGUCAAACCAUUCGCUUUCUCUGCUGCUCGUGACUCUGGAUCCAAGACUAUAAAAUUUGUGGAAUCCAAUGGGCAAGCGGAGAAAUCCGCAAAGAGAAAGAGGAAGAAUCAGUAUCGGGGAAUCCGGCAGCGCCCAUGGGGUAAGUGGGCUGCGGAGAUCCGAGAUCCAAGGAAGGGUGUUCGUGUCUGGCUUGGGACUUUUAACACUGCCGAAGAAGCUGCUAGAGCUUAUGAUGCUGAGGCACGGAAAAUUCGUGGUAAGAAAGCUAAAGUGAAUUUCCCUGAUGAGAGUGCCCGUGCCUCUUCAAAGCGAUCUGGAAAGGCAAAUCUGCUGAAGCCACUUCCCCUAGACUCUCAAAAUUUUGAUUCCAUGAACAACAACUACGAUCAAGACUAUACCAUGUGUUUGAUGGAAGAGAAGCCUUUCACCAACCAGUAUGGAUAUACGGAUCACAUCCCUGUCAAGGAAGAUGUUGGAAAAUCCCUUCAUGUUUCCUCUGGUACCACCCCCGUGUACUUUAAUUCAGAUCAGGGGAGUAACAGCUUUGAUUAUUCCGACUUGGUGUGGGGAGAACAGGGUUCUAAGACACCCGAAAUCACGUCUGAUUUCUCAGCUAGCAUAGAAGGGGUAGAAUCUCAAUUUUUGGAGGACGCGAGUCCAAAGAAGAAACUGAGGUCUGAGUCUGGGAACGUUGUGUCUGUUGAGAACAACACUGCCAAAACACUGUCUGAGGAACUCUCAGCUUUUGAGUCCCAGAUGAAUUUUCAGCUGCCAUAUCUCGAGGGUAGCUGGGAUGCCUCCAUUGAGACAUUGUUUAGUGGAGAUCCAACUCAGGAUGGUGGGAACUCAAUGGAUCUUUGGAGCUUUGAGGACCUCUCAGUUAUGGCUGGGGGGAUAUUCUGAGCAAAUUUCUCCCAUGCUUGCUAGUAUGUAAAUAAAGGCUUCAUGUCAGAAUGGUGUCAUCAUCUUUGAUGGAGAUGGAGUACAAACGAGCUUGAUUCUGCUUCUGGCUUUUAUGAAAGAUGUAUUGAAGUAGCUUCUGUUGUAUGGGGGAGUAUAUAGGUAUUUAGGUUCCUUUUACCUUUAAGACUUUGAAUUUGGGACUCGAUAUCUGUACUGAUUUUAUGACUUGUGAUCUGUGAUAAAUUACCAAACCCGUUCGAUAAAUGUCAACUUUGGGUGUUUGUUUGCU